AUGCAACCCAGGACUGGCCGAACUCCAGUACCCACAAAAAGCUUGGGCUUCGAGGAUUCUCGCACACGGUUUCAGAUUGAGCUGGAAUUUGUACAGUGUCUUGCCAACCCAAACUAUCUCAAUUUUCUUGCUCAACAGGGUUGUUUUGAGAAACCAGCCUUUAUCAACUACUUGAACUAUCUGCGUUAUUGGAAGGAACCGGCCUACUCAAGGUAUCUCAUCUAUCCGUUUUGUUUGCAUAUGCUGGACCUCCUGCAACUACCUGAAUUUCGCGCUGAAUUAGCUCGUGGCCACUUGUGUCGUUAUAUGGACGAUCAAAUUUUGCUUCACUGGCAGCACUAUAUGCGCAAACGUGCAACCCUUUUGGCGAAGCACGUAGAAGAACUGACUGGAACAGUACCCACGGGAAAUGUGUCCGACGCUAAUGAAAAUCCGUAGCCACUGCUGUAAUAUUGGGACAAGCACACUUUGACUGUGAUGUAUUUGUACAGGAAUUUUUGCCAUCCCUGUUCCAAUGUAAAUACGUAUCAUUGUACAUAAUUUUCAAUCCCUCCUGACUAUUCAGCAACCACUGUGCAGAAAAGAAUCUCCACAAAUGUCUGCUUGAUACUACCUACAGUUUCAGUUCCUCGAUCGUUUGCAUUAUACGAUUACCUUG